CCUCAAACUGAUAUUCAACCCACCUCAAAUACCUUCACCAAUUCUUCUCAACCCAUCACUCAUAACCUAGAAGGAAUGGCAUACACUGUGAUUAAAAAUCAAGUAGAUACUGUGAUGAAUAAUGAUUCCAACAUAAGAGCUGAAAACCAGAUAAUUCCAAUGGGGGAAAACUUCAUUAACCUUGCGGAUUCCAAUCUCUCAAAUACUGAAUCUUCUCAUAUCAUCACUGAUUCCAUGGAAACUGUUAAUGGGGUUCAAUCAGGCCGUCCAACGAUUUCUCUGAUGACAGUGAGUCGACACAAUAGCCAGGAGGUUCCAAGGGAAAAUCAAGGGGGAGCUGGUAUUCAGAAGAUAACAAAAUGUUGUUUUCCAUUCCCACUGCUGAGGAAAUUCACUCUACUGUCAAAGGUCAAGUUAUUAACUUCGACAAGUCCAGCAUUCACUUCAACAAUAAUCUUUCUGAAAAUACUUGCGAUACUUAUAAACAAAUUCUCAAAGUCAGAAGCAUAGAAAAGAGUGAUAAAUACUUGGGCACUACACUUCUACUUGGACGAUCUAAGGUAGAUGUUGUUAAAAACAUCCAUGACAACUUUGAUCACAGACUUAAAGGUUGGAACGGUAUAGUUAGAGGAGUCAGAGGCAUCCACUUAUAUGGAGCACUAGACCCUGAGAAUGGAGAAUGUAAGGCGUUAAGAGAAGCUGCCAUAUGCGCAUAUGAGAUGCAAGAUACUAAAGUUCUUUUUAAAUCAUACUGUUUUAAUCUAGCUAGUUCAAUCUAUCAAAGAUGCUUCUCCUGGUGUUCACCGGUGGAAUUGGAGAAUUGUAAAUGAAAUAAAGCAUCUUUUAUCUAAGUUUCAAAUUUGGGACUGUAUCUAUGUUAGUAGACUUAGUAAUGGAACAACAGAUACUCUAGCGAAGGAAGUUUGGAAAACUAGGAUGAAUAUAUUGUAAGGAUAGUUUUCCUCCUUUUUUGGAUACUCUCAUUAGCAGAGAUGCUGCAAACUUGAAUGUUCCUCUCUUAUAAUCUUUAAUAUAUUUCUCUUUGCA